AUGAAAAAUGUUUUGGUUAAUAAAUAUUGUAAAAAUGAGGAUCUUAAUAUAAUUAAUGAAAAUAAAAAUAUGGCAAAUAUCUUUAAAAAUAGCUUGUAUUUAUCAAAAAAUAUGUUCUUAGGAAAUGAUGAUUUAACGCCAUAUAAUUAUAAUAUACUUUUAUAUGAUCCAAACAUAAAUGAUAGGAUAAAAAAAUUAGAAAAUGACGAUGACAAUGAACUGAAAGAAUUAAAAGAAAUAUCAACAUUAGCCAUAUCUGAUGAAAAAAAAGCAAUAAAUUAUGAAGAACGAUAUAAAGAAAAUGAUUUAAAUGAUAGAAAAAUUAAUUUGAGAGAAAACGUUAUAAAAAAAUUAACUUCUAUUAAAAUGAAUAUUAAUAUGAGAGAAUUGGAUGAAUACUCUUCAAUAAAAAAAUUAUAUAUAUCAAAAAUUGAUAACAUAGAUUUACAAAAAAAAAAAGAGAAAAAAAAAAAAAAAAAAAAAAAAAAAUUUAAAAAAAAAAAAAAAAAAAAAAAAAAAAAAAAAAAAAAAUCAGUUAUAAAUAGCAUAAUAAAUGACACAAUCACAAAUGAUAUUAUUACACAGGAUAUCUAUAAUAUCAAUAUGAAAAUACCUGAUUUAUAUAGAAAUGAUGAUGAAAAGAGUAAUUUAUCGAUUAUGGAUCAAAGGAAAAAGGAGGCAGACAAUUUAAUAAAUAAUGAACCAAUUAUAAAAAAAUCAGACGAAAGUGUAUUAAGUAGUAAUGUGUUAAAAAAUAUAAAAACAUUAGAUAUUUAUAAAAAAAUUAAAAAACCAAAGUGGCAUUUUCCAUAUAAAUUAUUUAGAGUAAUAUUAGGACAUUCGGGAUGGGUAAAUUGCGUUGAUGUUGAUAUAAGUAAUGAAUGGUUUGCAACUGGAGCGAAUGAUAGAUUAAUUAAAAUUUGGGAUUUAGCUACUUGCAAAUUAAAAUUAACCUUAACAGGUCAUAUUAAUAGUAUAAGAGAUAUAAAAAUUUCAAAAAAAAACCCAUAUUUAUUUAGUUGCGGUGAAGACAAUAGAGUAAAAUGUUGGGACUUAGAAUAUAAUAAGGUAAUAAGAGAUUAUCAUGGGCAUUUAUCAGGUGUAUAUUGUUUAUCUUUACAUCCUUCAUUAGAUAUACUAAUGAGUGGUGGAAGAGAUGCAGUUGUAAGAGUAUGGGAUAUUAGAACAAAAAGUUCUGUUUUUGUAUUGUCAGGUCACACAGGCACAAUUAUGUCCUUAUGUUCCCAAUCUGUUGAGCCUCAGGUUAUAUCUGGGUCUCAAGAUAAAAUGAUAAGAUUAUGGGAUUUAAAUAACGGGAAAUGUAGAAUAGCUUUAACACACCAUAAAAAAAGUAUAAGAUCUUUGUCUAUUCAUCCUUUUGAAUAUAGUUUUUGUAGUUGUGCAACAGAUAAUGUAAAAGUAUGGUGUGGAUCUGAUGCUGAAUUUGAUAGGAAUAUUACAGGAUUUAACUCUAUUAUUAAUUGUAGUUUAAUUAAACAAGAUCCUUACUUUAAUGAUUCUUCUAUUUUAAUAUUGGGAAGUAAUAAUGGGCAAUUGCAUUUUUAUGAUUGGUCAAGUGGUUAUAAAUAUGAUACAUUAACAAAUAAAGUAGUCCCUGGAACAGUUGAAUGUGAAAAUUCUACAUUAUCUAUGGCAUUUGAUAAAAGUGAGAGUAGAUUAAUAACAACUCAUGGAGACAAAUCUAUUAAAAUAUGGAAGGAAAAUGAAGAUGCAACACCUGAAAAUUUUCCUAUUAAAUGGAACCCAUAUGAAAAUUAUAAAUUUUAG